AUGACCUUCCGGUUCCAGAGAGUUGGAGUUCACGAUGGAGGGAACGCACGGCAGCUCCCACAGGUGUGGCAGCUGGAGCUGGAGCUGCAAGAUAACUCUCAUCUUGAGCUGCAAGAUAACUCUCAUCCUGAGCUGCAAGCAGGAAGCAGAGAGAAAGCAAUCAGCAAAAAGGGAAAGAAGAAAUCCAAGUUUAAAGCCUUUAAGAGCUUUUUUGGCAAGAAGAAGAAGAAAGAGCCGGAAGAUGUCCAGGAAGGGAACGUGGUAAAGCCAAGGCUUUCUAGUAGCAGUCUGAAGCCAGUUACGGAAAUCAAAGUGCACAAGCCUAAGAGUAGCUUGGGAACCAAGUCCAUAUCCCAUGACAGUGUCUUCUUUUUGGAAUCUGAGCCUGAGAAACGGGGAAGCAAACUGCUCCUGUCUCUAGAGUCCCAGAGAAGCAGACCACAGGAGAGAUUUCCUAUUUCCCGAACUCUGCCUAGAGUGACAGGAACUGAUGUCCUUGGAGCUUUGAGUAGAUCUGUGGGCCUCUGUGGUCCCAAAAGUGAACUCUGGGUCUCAGGCUCCAAGGUUGCUGAGAUCCCACCACUGCGCUCACGGACACUCAGUGUCUCUUCCAGUGUUACCCAAGCUAAGAAAGACUUGAAGGACUUGGAAAAAGACUUUGCCAGAGACGAGAUAUCCAAGAGCUCCCCAAAGAACUUUCCAGCAGACCGUUCAGCAACAUGGAGCAAGGAGGACCCGGACUCAGAACUUAUGGAAAAACCAGGUGUGGCAGCACCUGCAUCUGUAACCUCAGUGCCAGCAGGAAAGGAGCAAAGACAGAUGGCUCCCAAGGGCUCACCAGCCAGUCUAGACAAAAUGGCAAUGCGGCUGCAUGUGGACUCUGCCUCUUGCCAAGGGCUCCCUGGCACCAUGCAACACUACUUCGAAAAGGACUUAGUGGAGAAACACAAAAGGAACAUGCUGUCAUGUGCUGCUGAUGUCCGGGAGCGAACAUGUCCAUUACCUGCUAUUCAAUGUGACUUCUUUGCAGGGGACUAUUUCUACGUUCCUACCAAGGAAUGCAACCAGGUACCCCAGAUCCAAAUAGUUUUGGGAGGUGGAACCAACCACAAGGAGGACAAGGCUAUGGGCUCUGCCUAUGCUUCAUUGGAAGUGGGAAAAGUCAGUUCCCAGAGUCUUCCCAUCAACUUUGGACCCACAAACAGUAAAUAUCAAAGCGGCUUGGAAUUGUUCUUGGAGCUUGAUCUCUCACAGUCUUCUCAAAGCAGCGCCCAGCUGCUCUCAGGGUUCAGCACCCCAGCCACCUCACAAGGCUGCUUGGAUUCUUCCACUGCUAAACACAAGAUAGCUUUAAAUCCCUGGAAACAGAAGAGGAAGAAGACAGCUUCCUCUUCUGCCAAAGCAAAGCAGGAAGAGCAGCCCGCUUCACUGGUGACUAAAGAAAAGGCCACAACCAAGACAAAACACGCCGACCGGAAGGAGCACAAAAGGGACAGCACAGGGCCUACAAGCCAGGAGCAGAGUUACAAACCUGACUCUCAGGAUAAGAAGAAGACAAGACAUCAGUCUCUAAGUACUGAUGCUGCCUCAAGCACAGGCCACUCGGUUUCAGGAUCCCAUCCAAGAAGACGCAGAAGAAGAGUCAAAAACGAGUUGGGUUUAGUGGAGAAAGACCUUCUAAAAUCCACGAAAGAACAUGACCUGGCUGGGAAAGCUGGCUCCUCACCUCCUGAAGAUUUGCCUGGUAAGGAGCACUCUUUCUUGAAGCUUUGUCUGGAGAAGCAAAGCACAGAGCAGAACCCAACUGCACAAGCAGCGGUUACUACUCCUCAGAAGAUGCCUUCCAAUAAAGGGAAUGUGAAGGGGAAAAUGGCUACCAUAGACGUUGAAGCCCAAAGAACACCAGCACCACAGCCUACACCUACACAAGUGGCAGAAUUCACAGUGAGCAAUCCACUACUCAGCCAUGAAGAAGGGUUUGCUGAAGGCCAGAAGGAAAAGGAGAAAGCCAGUUCACGGAUAAGACAAGCAUCCACAAGCCAAGAAGAGGCCACUGUCUCGAGGACAGCGGAGGCCCAAGCGUGUGCGCAUCCUUCUCAAGUCCAUGGAGAAGAGGGAGAAGCAUCCAGCCUUGCUUUGCAAAAGUUUCUACCAAGAAAGGAAUUAUCCUUGGAGAGCACAACUUACCCCAAAGGGAGGCAUCCCAGAGGUGGCCUUCGGGCCUUUUCAGCAAGUGUUUCAAGCACUACCGCAGGAGAUGAUGUUUCUAUGCCCAUGUCGCCUCUUCCCCUCAGGAGGUGGCCACCUGCAGGGGAAAUCUCCACCGAUUCAUACAGUAGUUCAGAGUAUGAGAGUAGUUCUGAAGUGCAACUGGGCUCCCCUCAUUCUUUCCAGCUUCUGUGGAGCCCUCAAGAUGACGAUGUCUUCCUGAAAGCAGAUGCCGAACUGAGCAAGACGGGGUGGCAGCAGCCUCUAAGAAAAGCCAAAGCUGGAGAAGUCUCCUCAGAAUCAGACAGUUCCUUAGACGAUCAGAGAAGCUGCGAGAUGACAUCUGCCCAGUCCUUCCAGUCCUUGGACGAGUUUGAAGGAUGCUCAGAAUCACCAAGUUUUAUCAUCGAUUCUGUCUCUGAAGAGAAGUUGGCUUCCAGGAGAUAUUCCCAGGCCUUGCUGGAGUCUGAAGAAAAUGAAGUCUCCACAGAGUCAAGCAGUUACUUUGAGAAGUAUCACAGUUCUGAGGAUAUGAGCAGCUCGGAGGAAGAGCAGCCUCCUGAACCUUCCAAGCAGGCCCUGGGUCAAUCCAGAGACCAGCAAGAAGUGUCCCCAGUUUCGAAAAGUAUCCCAAAAGAGUGGAGUGGUUCUGCCAAGCCAGAGCACCCCGUACACACUUCUCCACCCAUUGUGAGCCCUUGUACCCAGCAGCACCUCCCCAUUUUGGGGAACAUUUCUGCAGCACAAAGCAGACCGGUAGAGUUACUACCUCCCGGCCACACUGUCAGGUUAUGGAUGAGCCCUCAGUCUGAGCAUCAAGUGUUUUCAGAGGGCACUGCUGCUGACUGGGACAUUUUUAGGCAGCCACCAUCCCCUAGAAAGGCUUUGAAGUACCCAGUGGUGCACACCAUUGAGCAAAAUAUUCCCCCAAGUCUAGACGUUUCGACCAUGGGAGAGGCAGCUUCCAUGGAAGCCCUGCUUCUCAGACACCACUCUCAGCCCCCAAUCAGACCAGUACUGGAGCAAGAUAUUUCUGCAGGCCCAGAGCUUGGCAUUUUUGAACAAUGUGUUGCUGCACAGUCUCCCAGAUACUCUUCUCAGCCUUCAGUGGGACCAACCAUCAAGAAAGAAGUUUCACUGGGUGCAGAAAGUGCUGCAUUUGAGGGAAGCCAUUUUAUGGAGCCCCUGCUUCUUCAGCAUCUUCCUCAACCCCUGUUGAAACCCUUCACCCAGCACCAGGCUUCGACGUUUGAAAGAGGUGUUCCUAUGGAUUCAAGGCUUCUGGCACAAUCUUUCCAUCCAUGGCUGAAGCCUCCAGGGAAGCAAUCAUUUUCCGAUUCAGAGAGCACAGCUUUCGAAGGGAACUCUUCUAUGGAGCAUGCGUCCCUUUCCCUUUCCCAGCCUAUGAAGCAACCUUAUCAAAAUGUGCCUUUAGAAUCUGAGGCUGUCCCUGCUCAGGUCAUUGCCGUGGGCCCACUGCACACCAAAUAUUUUACUCAUUCCUUACUAACUCCUCAAAGUCAACCAGUCACAGAAAGUACCUCAGUAGAAGGUGCCUCUUUGGUGGAGCUAUUGCCUCCUCAACCCUCAGUAAAGUCCAAAUUCCAACCACAGAUGACCAGAGAUCCAAUGCGUGCUUCCACUCAAGGGGGCAACCCUAUGGAGUGCGCACCUACUCAACAGAUCUUCCAAACACAGCCUGUCCCUAAAUUUAAGCAAGUGCCUACAGGUUCAGAUAGUCCUGAGGCCCAAGAGAUCAUGUCUGUACAGCCAGGUUCUUCCAGAUGCCCUUCCCAGCUAUGGGUGACUCCUAACUUUGAGCAAAUACCUGUACUCCCUGGCAAUGUUCCUGCUGUAUGGGCCAUUCCUAUUCAUCCGCCAGCUCCCAAAAUGCCUUCUCAGCCCUUGAUGGGAUCAGUAGUCCGACAGUCAGCCUCCACAGGAUCCAUGAACACAUCUAUACAACAAGUCGCUGUAGAGCCAUUGUCUCCUAGAAACCCUUUGCAGCCAUGGCCAACUUCUCCAUUUGAACAAAUCUCUGCGCCCCCAGACAAGGCUGCAAAAGCAGCAUGGAGCAUUCCUGUUGAUCCACCAGCUCCCAGAGAGCUUUCUCAGCCCUUGAUGGGAUCAGUAGUCCAACAGCCAGUCUCCACGGAGUUAGUGGCUAUUUCUGUACCCCAGAGCGGUUCUGUGGGGCUCAUGCCUUCUAGAUUCUCUUUCCAGUCAAGAGUAGAUCCGGAGACUUAUGCAGCAGAUGAGGGAGUUUCUCCAGUUAUGAAGCCUGGAAGACAUCAACUCCCAAGAAGCACAGAAUUCAAGGAAGAAGUUUCCUCAGAUUUAUUGGGAGCUUCUGGAGAAUGGGGCAUUCCUAUCGAGCCAAUGCCUUCAAAAUAUGGACCUCAUCCAUGGUUGGGUCCUGAGUCUGAGCGCCAAGCCUCAAGUCUAGAAGGUUUUGCCAAAGAGGGGGACAUUUAUAAGGAGGCACGGAUUCCCAGAAAUCCUUCCCAAAGCAUUACAAAACUUCAAGUCCAGAAGACACCCUCAAUGUGCGAGAGUCCCUCUGUUGAGGGAGGCAUUUCCUGGAAGCCACCGCCUCCCAAAGUUGCCACCCCGUUCUCAAUGAGUUCUAAAGUUAAGGACAUGCCCUCCAGUCUGGAGAGUGCUGAUGAUCAAGACAGCUCUAAGAAACAACAGGGUAGAAGCGCUCCUUCCCAGUCCUUUGUGAAAUUUAUGGCGAAUCAAAUCUUCUCAGAGAGUACUGCUGGGGAGACGGCCAUUUAUGGAAAACCUGUGCUUCAGAAUCGAAGCCGUCCUUCCAGAUCUUUGGUGAAGCCUAAACUGGAGGAGCAAGCGUUCUUACAGAACUGGGAUGAUGAGCCUAAGGAAGACACCGCUUUGAAGAAGCUGCCCCUGAAGCAGCCUCCGCAGUCGCCCAGAAGACCGAAAGAGUCCCAGGAAGUUGUGUCAUAUUCUAAGGGCGCCCCUGGGAAGUGGAGCGGCUCUGCAGUGGACAGUUCUCAGUCCCUGGGAAAGCUUGAAUACAGGCAGAAAGUCUCCGUUUCUGUCAGUUUUCCCGAAGAGUGGAAGAGGUCCAAAGUCCAACCGCCUUCCACACAGCCUUCUCAAGGCUUCGAUGUAGCUAGGUCGCAGCCACCGGUUUUAUCAACAGCUCCUGCAAAUGUUCCUGUGGAGUGGCGCAGUUCUGAGGGGCAUCGGCCUCCCGGUCAGUCUGCUCAGUCUUUAGUGAUCUCUGACUAUCAGCAACAAGUUUACUUAAGUUCUGCCAAUGCUGCCACGGAAGGAACCACUUCUAGGAAGAAUACUGGCAGCUGGUCCACGCCAAAAGGCCCAGAUUCUACAAAGAAAACCAUGAAAGACACACAAGGCUAUGGGGACUUCAUUAAAAGCACCCCAACUUCCGUUACCAAACCUGGCAAGUUCACUUGGGUUCCUGCCCAGAAAGCAUUUGCUUCAACUGGCGCUUACUCUAAAGAGGAAGUUCCUCAGCGCCGUGACGAAAAAGAGCGUUCUUCGUUUCUCUCCACCAGCAAGUCUGAUGUCGAAAAUGUUUUCGGAGUGCGACUGCGGAAAAUCUCCCAGAGGAGUGGGAUCCCAGAGCCUAUAGCGCCAGUUGUCCCAGCAGGCAAAGAACAGACGAACAAAGGAACUCCCCAGGACUUCAGCGGAGGCCAUGAGAAGUCCAGCCAAGCACUUAGCUGUGCACAAAAGCAAGAAAGCAGGCCCAGAUAUGAAGGCAUUUUCAAGAAGCCAACAGUUUUCCGACCUCCAGAAAAGACCUCUAGUUUGAAGUCAGAUUACACUACAGAACCAUCUUGGAUCAGUGUGGCAAAACAGAGGCAAAAGGGCUUUGCCUCCCACUUCCCUAAAACACCCCGAACCAGAGCUGAAAUUAGGGCUGAGACCAAGGAGCAAAAAUAUCAGUCAAAAUGUGAUCCAGGCAUGGAGAGUCCAUGGAAGGAACCAGAACCCACAACUAAUAUCCCCUCAAGAAUGACUUUUUAUUCCACUGUUCCCAGAGAGGAGUCGUCAAGGCUGUCUAAGUCUACACAAUCAGUUGUAUUUGAUGAUCAGAACAAGCUUCACCCAUAUACCAGGGAGAGAGACACCAGACGCUCUUCAAGUAUGCCACCCAAACUUUCACCACCCAAGGAGCCUGUGUGGUUCUCAAUGGCCAAGAAGAAAGCCCAAGCAUGGAGAGAAAUGGCAGACAUCAUGCAAUGAAUAGCUCCUGGAUGGAGCCUCAGCAUUUUCAGUAGUAAUUGCCAGUAGCUGUGGUAAUUCCAUAAAACGGUUUUUCUAGAGCUAGUUUUUAUUAAGGAAAAUAACUUUAGAAAUAGCAAUUAACAUUUUUAAUUAUUUGAGUGAAAUACAUACUACUAAUGUCUAACCCUCAGAAAGUCACUACCAAUAUCCCCAAACCCAGCAUUUUCUCCAGAAAAGUUUUGUGAAAUCAUUAACUUCAGACAUUGUGCCUUAGAAGAAAGAAAACAACCACAUUUUGCUUCAAACUUUCUCCUUUUAUAUUUAUACUCCAGGAUCCAAGCCUAGGGAAUGGUAUCGUCUAUGGCAGAUGGGUUUCCUCCACCUUAAUUGACCUUUCCAUUGUCAAAUUCUACACAUUUAUUCUAUCUCUCAAGUCCAGCACACAUUAUGAGAGAUCUACAUUUAAAUGCCUUAACAGUAAAUCUAGCUCCUUUUCCCUAGAUCCAAAGGACAUCUACUUCUGUCAUGUGCUUGCUUUGCUUAAGCAGACAUGCAUCUAGAACAUCUAUGUUGGAUGCUUCCCCAUUCAAAACCAUGUCUAGAAAGGCAAUGAGAGUCUAUGGCUAACUUAAAUUACUGGUGCUGGGUUUUGCCGAUGAUGCUAUAAUGUCACAGUGUACAACAAGCUGAAUUUUUUUCAUUUAAUCUAUAAGACAUCUCCUUAUUUUGGUCCUCUAGCUUUGCCCUUUUGAUAAUGUUAAGUUUUUGAUUGAUUGGAUUUCAUUCCAUUUUUUUCUAUAGUGAAUAGUUUGUUUAAACUAAGGCUCUUAACAUAGGUAAUCACAGUAUAUUAGUUCUAACACUUCCCUUCCCCAGUUUUUCCCAUGUAGUCAUUGCAUCGUUCUCGCUAUGAGAACUCCCCAUUAAUGAUAUCUCUCCAAUUACUAACAAGUCUCAAUUUUUAAUCAUAAGCUUAAGGUUUUUCAUUGCCUAGGAAUGUAUUCUGAUAGGUUUGUUUCUUUUAACUUUCUUAUUUUUUGA